AUGGGGGACACAGCACGCUACUUCCAUACAUCGCUGUACUCAUUCAGCGCGACUGCACGCACUGCAAUUCUCACCAGAUUCAAUGCGGCCGUUGGCCAUGGCACUGUCAAGUGCUGGUACGACACUGACAGAGAGACCUUCGUCCUCGAGUGUCCCAACGCCUUGGGCAUCGCGGCACAAGCCGAUGAGCAGCUAGGCGCCGUCAUCGAGACCUACGUGCGGCAGGAACUGGUAGCAGCAGAAGAAGACGAGCGCCCUCCAACUAUCAAGCGCUUCAAGGAGGCCUUGUUCAUUGACCUAAACGAGAUCGCCCAGGAUCCAGAAGAAGUGGAAGUUGUGCCUGUCCAAUCCGUGCAAGCACGGGCUCAUCUGAUCAAGACAUCCGAGUCUGAGGGCAAGCGCCUCAAGUUCAUGCCCUUGUACAGUCUUCCUGAUCGUCUGCUUGAGCGCACCCUCGCCCCCGAGAAUGCCAAGGUCAACAAGGUGCUUAUCGACGGUCUAACUUGCCGAGCAGUCCGUUGGCACACCAGAGAUGGUGAGGUCUUCAAUGGCAGGACUGGCGUGGGCCUCUCUUUGGCAAAUGAUGACACAGUCGAGCUUCAGCUUCCUGAGUUCUCGAUCCUCAGGGAUGAGAGAAACCACGGCGUCGAUGUCGAUGGCCUGCCUGCAAAGACUUGGGAGCAUGUAGGAGAUCCGCCCACGGUAGAGCAAUGGGUGCAGGGAACUGGCCAGACGCGGCAAGUCGAACCUGGCGAGAGACCCAAUGUCCCAACGGAUGCUAGAAAGUAUCUUGCCGCUGGACCUGCAAAUCCAGGUCGGCUGAGAGUACCGAAGGGACAAGGCUUGCUUCCAUCACCACUUCCUCCACCGGACGAGCCCACUACAGCGCCAGUGGGCACAGAGAGCGAGUUCAACAAGUUACUGGCUGGCGAAAUUGGAGACUCUGAAACCGAUGAGGAAGAGGAGGCCGGGAGUGAUACGAAUGAGACAAGCGAAAACGACCUUACGGCCAUCUUGACUCGUGGCUCAAAGAAGAGCACACAGCAAGGUGACUGGGACUCCCCGGGCCUCCUGAAGCCACAGCCGCGCUCAUCUACACCCUCGUAUGCCAGUGCUGCGAAUACGGUGACGCCGCUGUCGGUAUCCCGGAAGCCUUCACCAGCAGCUCAAGUUCUUGACGAUCGCAGUAACAACUCUACACCGACAAACACCACUACGAGCACACUGCAAAACCACCCAGUUCCAAGCGACUUCCCCGAGUACGGCAGUCGUCACGCCACAGUAGACCCCGUAGGCUUGAUGGGAAAUGCUGCCAAUGCCGCACAAUGGGCCCGCGACAACCACGUUCAUCGCAGCCCGAAAAAGAAGUCGAAGCGGGUCAUGCCCAGGAGUACAGCAACCCGAGAUAGAAGCCGUGCAACAGAGACUUCGACGUCAAGGGCCGCUUCCAUCGCUUCCUUCAAUUCCCAAAGCACCGUCCGUCAAGAUCCCCGCGAGGCAGAUUGGGUCAAUAAACCCGUCAUGGGCAGAGCUCAAGGUCGGAAGCUGAUUGAUGACGCCGCUGCCAUCACUUCGGGACCUGUCAGAGUCCCGCCCGGACUUGAAUAUACCACGGGAUCAAGUAACACGCCAGACCAUACCGACGAUGGCUCUGACGGGGAGAUUCAUGAGAGUGUCAAGCAGCUGCCUCUAAGCUAUGCUACGAAGCGAGACACCAUGCGGCAGAAAGCUGGCAAGAAGAGCAAGAGCAAGAAGGUCACGUCCAAGCUUCCCGUGCCCAAAGCACAACUUCCACUACCUGAGCCUCCGCCACCGCCCAAGCGCAAGCAGAAAGAGGCCCCCAUCCCUGUCCCCGUGCAAACACCAAUCCCAAACCACACGGUACCCAGCACCACCAAUGCUGCGGGAUCUUCAGGUGAGGCAGCGCCUCUUCGCGAGAUAGCCACAGACUCCACGUCCAUCGAGCACCAUUCGCAUGCUUUUGGGAAGUUUCUGCUGGCUCAGAAGGAGCGAAUACGAGAAGAGGAGGACGACGAAGAUGAAGAAGAGGAGAGUGACAAUAUGAGUAACCGUGUCAAGCUUGUGGCUUCGAUUGGCGUCCUCUUGACACGACCCAUGAGCAAAGAUUUCAACAGAGGAGUCCUGACGCCGACUGCUUCCCAGAAGCAGCUCAAUGCUUCCUGGUAUGCUCUCCGAACCGACAUGUUCACUCGCUUGACCACAUCGAAGGAAGAUGCAGCACACAUCAUCAACCUCAUCGGUGGAAACACAGAGGCCACGACUGUCUACGAGAUAUGGGUCCAUGAUGGAAGCGGAACGCAGCUGAUGAUCAACGUGCCUUCGCAACAGAAGAUGGACUACACGGUCAAGCUUCAAGACCAGGUCCUCGCAGAGGCAUACGCCCACUUCCCAAUGCACGUCUGGGACGCCAUGUUCGCCCUCGUCAAGCCAGGAGCCGACCACAUCUCACCCUCAGACGACGCCAUCAAAGAAUUCGUCAGCUCGAUGCAGACCGAAGACGGCGGCCCCUCCUUCAAAGCACUGGAGCGCGUGGGUCUGCUCACCGUCCAGAGAGUCCUAGCCAAACGCAUCUUCACCAAGAAAGCAAAAGGAGGAACGGUUCUCCACGUUACGCAAGUCCAGGACAUGGGCAUCGAGUCGCUGAACGAGAAGCUGUACAACUUCCAAGCGAUGACGCUGUCGCACAUCGAAAUGGUGGACCUUCAUCGUCUUUGGUGGGAGGCGAGAUGGGAGGUUUCGGAUCUCGACAAGGCGGGCGUGCUGGAGAAGGAGGUGGAUGAGAUGGUUCGGGGGAUUGAUGCUGUGGGGUUGGAGGAUAUUGGGCCGUAUCAUUAUGGGGAGCCGGAGUCUGAUGAUGAGACGGCGGCGGUGCCUGUUGUGCCUUUUUGGUAG